UCUCUGCAAAAGAGAGUGAACGAUAUUAUCCGCGAAAUCGGAAAGAAAUUCAGGGUCGCCCAGAGCUGGUUCUACCUUUAAUGCCUCUUCCAUUAACCGCUCAGACGAUCAUCCUCUGAUAAUAUUCCUACAUGAAUAUAAAAAUUUCUUAAACGAUGUUUACGAAGGACAUGUUUUCCACGUUUAGCACAGCAGAUUUUCCAAAGCGAUAUCAUUAUUCAUAGAUAUAUUCGCUGAUUAUAACUUCCCCUACAUGGCAUUUUGUUCUCUUUUAGCAUCUCAUCUCUCUCCUUCUUAACAUAGAAUUUUUAUAUAUCCUUAUAUAUAUUAUCCUUAUACAAAAAUAAAUAAAUAUAUCUAUUAUAUUUCUCAUUUAAAUCUUAUAUAGAUAUAAGAAAAUAAUAAAAAAAAUAAUUCAUCAUAUAUAUCAUAUUUCGAAGUUUACGUCAUUACAUCAUUGUAAUAACGUAGAUAUCUUGUAGAGCUAAAAAUACCGUACUAGAUUUGAUAUAUUGUGGCAACUGGCUAUCAAGGUCAUCUUAUGCGAAAUUACGCUUGAUUUUAUUCGGAAGUUUCGCUUUUCCGGCGAACAUCAUCUUAAAUGUAUACAAGAAAAUCAAUUCUAAGAUCGUUCGCAAAGUCUCGUGCUUUGAUGUUGACAUAAAUAUUUUUUUAAACAACGUCUAAGGAAACCAGACAUAGUAAAAAAGAAUAAUUCAAACGCAAUGUGCCGACUUUCGACCUGGUCCAUCUUUCAAACCGGUUUACCUCGGAAACAAGAAAAAAGGAGCAUCGUGCGGUCUUUCUUCCGUCUGCUUCGCAGUGUCGUGCUUGAUAUGUUCUGUCGGAGAGCCAAUUAAUUUAACAUCUACUACAGUGCGCACGUGUAUUUUUACACUAUCGUAGCACGUAAGAUCUCAUCAAAGUCGAACGAUCUCAUCUUCGGCUUCGACAUCUUGUCCGGUUUCGUUCCCUCUUCUACGGCGACGAGACUUUUUCUUCGCGAACAGUCGAUCGAUAGCUCUCGCGGUAGCUACCACGAUUUCCUCUCGUAGAAUCGGCAUAUAAAAUUCAAACUGCUUAACUACCGGUAAAAAUUUACUGAAUGUUAACUUAGUUUUUCAUCACAUUUAACUGGUCAAUCUGCAUCCACUUGUCAAGAUUUCGUGAUAGAUGAUGAUACUAAAAAAGGUGGCUGUUAUUUUAAUAGUCUUCAUUUGGGCCCGUGAUUCUUUGGCGGGUUAUCAUCAUCGCUCAAGACGCUCAAACAACGAAUAUAUACUACACAGAUGUACAGCUACUGCGGAAUUAAUUAGAAAACACAGGAACGGAGAAGGUGUUAAUUCACGUAAAGCCGAGGAUGAUUCGUCCUCUCGGUUACAAAUACAACAGAGAGAUCCUGAGAUUUUCGUAGCGACGGCUCUAACCGACGCUUCUCGAUCUGAAACUUCGAGCGGUGUUUAUCGACGUAUGACUCAUAUGAGGAAGCGCGGUAGUGGACACGCACGUCGAAUCACGGGCACGCAUUUCGAAGAUACACCCCUCAGAACCCUCAAUAUAGACGCAUCCCAAGGCAGACCAUCAGCCUUCAAGAAAAAGAACCCGUUACCGGAACUUGCGCACGAUGUAUCAAGAAAAAUCGACUCGUCGCCGCGUGUAGUAGUCAUAAAACCUGUAACUUAACAUUCUUCCAAUGACGCUUGACUUACGCAAGGUUUGAAUUUAUUAUGGAGGUUGGCGUAACUCUCGUUACAUUUAUUUGUAAUAAUUUAAAUAAAA